UACACGGUAUCAUAUGGGGAGGAAGAGGAAGUCUCUCUCUGUCGCGCGCGCACACACACAUUGUUAUAUAUAGUGACUAAUCAAAUAACAUAAAUAAUGUUUACGGACCGACUGAAGGCUUUUCUGGUGAUUUGCUCUUUUUAAAUGACCGAAACUGAAAGUCCGCCCUCUGGCUGAUGUGCGCAUGCGCGUUGUUAUUCUCAGUUGACUGCGUAUUUCUGUCCGAUUUCUCACGCGUAUUAGGGAGUGCAGUUCUUCUAUCAGUAUCUUCCUGUGAUCACCAGAUCAUCAUCAGAAAUGAGUAAACAAGAUGAAAUUCAGAAGGACUUCCUUCUUCCGGAUCUCAAAAACGAUGGGGUGAAGCUUUAUCUCCAGAAGAUCAGAAAAGUUGCUUCAGAUAACAGGGGGUCAGAGAUUAAACUGAAAAAGGUAGAAAAGUACAGUUUCAAGGUCGGAACUUUGGAAGAAACAUCGUACAAAGAUGAGCCCGACAUGGUCGAUGAGUGGGAGCAGUUCUACCUCCCAGAUCACAUGUUCAUGGAGGUGAUUGGUGUUGUUGAGAAGUUCCCCUGUAACUCCCCCAACGAUGAGCUGGUGCUGAUGGUGUGUGAGGACGGGAAGGUGUUUGCUUUUGAAGGUAACAGGCUGCAUCUCGUCUCUAACAACCUGGAAGAGCUGUUUAAGAAUGGCCUCCAGUUUCCAGGAACCGAACAGUAUUACAGUGGGCAAAGCUUUGAGGACAUGAGUGAAGAAGAUUGGGACAGGGUGAGGGAAUCAAAAGAAGUGAAGGAGAAGAGGAAGGAACACCAGGAAAUGCUGGAGAGCAUGAAGGACUCCUAUCUCAACAACCUGGACAUCAUCAUGGGGAGAGAGCGAGAAGAGCCAAUCCCUUUUCCUGAGGGAAAGCCACUAGUUCCUGUUUUAAACAUGCAGUAAGAUUAAAAUCAUCUGGGUUUGGAUCACGUGUCGUUUAUUUCCGGUGUCUCUAGAAUUUAGCUGAAGCCCUGAACCUCACUGUAAAAUCUCGGUUUCAAGUAAAUUAUAAAAUCUUUAUUAA